AUGUUCGCCUCUCGUGCCCUGUCCAACGCCGCCCGUACCGUCACCGAGACGACGUACACCUAUAGCCGAGCUAUGCCCCAGACGAAAGUCCCGAUGACCGAGACGAUUCAGCCGACGACGCUGAACCAGACCAGGAACGCCUUCGUCGACAGCUUUAACUUCACCCCCAAGACGGAAACCACCUUCUCGAAGACGAGCCAACCCACGCACCGUUUCAACCCGUUCAUGACAAAGCAG